AUGCAGAGCGUUUUCAUUCUCUCCUUAUCUAUCUAUCUAUCUAUCUAUCUAUCUAUCUAUCUAUCUAUCUAUCUAUCGAUCUAUCUCAUUUUUCUUUAUUACAAUGUCAGGUAUGAUGGAACAAUCUUCGCCUUUCUUAAUUUAACACUCUUUUAUGCAUCACUCUUUCCACGAUAUAACUUCCCUCACACGUUUCUAAUCCUCCCGUUUUCCCCAUUCAUUUUUUGGGUAAUCCCAUCUAUUUACGUGUUUCUCUCCCGACCUGUCUCCUCCUGUUACCUUCAACUUCAAAUCAACUUCCUUCUUAGCGAUUUCCCCUACAAUUUAUCGCUUUUGCAUUCUCAAAGACGAUCAUUCAUUUCUCCUUCAUUCCAUUCUCCUUUUCGUUUCGAGGGUACUUACGUCACGCUUCAUCGUUUCGCAUUUUUUCUUGCCUGCUGCCAUAUUUCUUUUGAUUCAUCUUCACUGCGCAUGCUUCAUGACGUUCUCUUCUUCUCUGAUUCUUCUUUAACGUCUGCUCCAUUCAUGCCCUGGUCUCUUAAAGAAAGACGUUAUUUCGAUCAUCUGUCGCGUCUCGUUUUCAUUUAUAUUUUCUCUCUCUGUUUAUCUUUCACUCACACGCAAAAAAUACAUUCAAAUGCUGUUCCAUUCAUACUUAACUCAACGACGCUCAUAAUUUAA